AUGCCCCUGGUGACAAUCUUCACUAGGCACGACCCACUCAAAAGUGAGGCAUUUACAUUUUUAGCUGGGAGCCUGGGUAGUCUUUCAUUGACCUUGUGGUUUACCCCCGUUCUAUGGACUUUCCCUAGCUUCCUAAACAACUUGAGAGCCGAAGGAGUUGACACUGAAACCAUCGUUAGGCUGACUAAAUUUUCUGAACUUAAUUUGAUUCGCGUUGUCUUCCGAUUCUUGUUCACUGUUCCAUUGCUGAUCUUGGGAGUCGAUGGCGUUCGUCCACACAAUCACGUAAACGAAAGCAUGCUAUGGACAGAUUUCUUGACCACCGUUGCGGGUCUUGGCUGCUGCAUUUCCUCCGGUAUCACACUUGUUAUUUUCUUCCCCAGGUCCAUCGAGGGUGAAAUUGCGGCGCGCGACGCUGCGAAGGAACGCAAGCGAACCCGAUCAGCUGGGUACUCGGCCAGUGCGGCGGACAUGGAUUCACUACACAGGCAACCGACCACCUUCCAAAAUAAUCAGGUUUCUACCGGCGGCACUUACCUGCUCACCUCGUCGCCAGUCAAGCAGACGCUGAGUCUCGAUGGACAUCAUGAUCAAAGCAACGACAUUGCCUUCCAUAUUGGUCAUAACACCUGGGACAACUUCGACGAAGAGCGUGAUAUCCCUGCGGCUUUGCCUGCAAUGAAACCCCUUCGGAAGAAACAAGGUCAUGACAUAGAAAUGAGCACCGUGGAUACGUUGUCAGAGAGCAACCUCUCUGCCCACAACUUGAGAGUGUCAGGUGUCAAUCCUAUGAUUUCGAACUUUAGGUCACCAAUUGACUUCCGUGGGGUUGAUGCAAGCGGAAACAAUUCGCGUUUGACCUUCUCGAGUCGCAAGACAUAA